CGUUUAAAUACAGCAGCAAAGCAGAGUCAAAACCUAAAAACCCCCCACACACACUCACACACACCAAUACAUGAAGUGCAGCAAAACUCAUUCAAGAUCAUCGUACAAACUAUGGUGAUUGGUCUCCAUACCAACAUCCCUGAAAUUUCUAUGUGACAAAAUACCUCAUUUUUCGUAUUAAACUGCGGAAAUGAAGAGGCUGAACGGCAAAGCCAUGGCCGCUAACUUCGGCGGCCAACCCGAGCCGGGCAGCGAUCACGGCGCCGACGCAGUCAGCUGGGGCCCAGAGCGGAAAUGUGGGUUGAAUCUCAUGAAAUUGAUGGGUGUAUUUCUCGUUUUGGUGAUGGGUUUCUCCGUUUUGUUCUCGGUCUCCGUCGUGCUGAGGGACCCGCCGUCGGAUGCGUUUUGGACCGUGGUUGAAGCCCGGAAUCUUGAUUUUAACCUUCAAAAAGCCAUAAUAGAGGAAAACAAUCAUGCUCAGCCUGUUGAGGUGCCCAAGGAUAAGCUUCUCGGCGACCUUCUCCCCGCCGGAUUUGAUGAAAAAUCUUGCCUGAGUCAGUAUCAGUCCCUCCUGUAUCGUCGGGGAGUGCCUCAGAAAGCGUCUUCUUACCUCAUAUCCAAGCUACGAAGCUAUGAAGCCCGACACAAGAAAUGCGGACCCUACACGAACUCAUACAACAAAACAGUUGAGGAUCUCAAAUCUGGCAGACACUCGAGCACACCGGAAUGCAGCUACCUCGUCUGGAUAUCCUUCAGUGGUUUGGGGAACAGGAUGUUGACGCUCACCUCUGCUUUCCUCUACGCUCUCCUGACCGACAGAGUCCUCCUCGUUGACAGGGGAGUCGACAUUCACGAUCUCUUCUGCGAGCCGUUCCCAGAGGCUUCCUGGCUACUUCCCCUGGACUUCCCCUUGACCAAUGAGUUCAGUAGCUUCAACCAGAGCUCGCAUCAGAGUUACGGGAACGUGGUGAAGAGCAACUCCACUGCAUCAGUGCCACAGCCGUAUAUGUAUCUCCAUCUGGUUCAUGACUACGACGACCAAGACAAGCUUUUCUUCUGCGAUCAAGAUCAAGCACAUCUACAGAAGAUCCCGUGGUUGGUAAUGAAGUCCGAUAACUACUUUGUUCCAUCCCUUUUCUUGAUGCCCUCGUUCGAGCAGGAGCUCCACAGCCUCUUCCCGGACAAGGAGACCGUGUUCCACUUAUUGGGCCGGUAUCUCUUCCACCCAACAAACUCGGUGUGGGGGCUUAUAAGCCGAUACCACGAAGCUUAUCUAUCAAACGCUGAUGUGACAGUAGGAAUUCAGAUAAGGGUGUUUGAUAUUUCACCUGGUCCAUUCAAGUACAUAUUAGAUCAGAUUCUGUCUUGCACGACGAGGGAGAAUAUACUCCCGGGAAUCAGCCAGCAGGAAGGAGGCGUCGUCGGCUCAUCCACGAAGCAGAAGAGGGUAUCCGUGCUGAUCACCUCUCUGAGCUCCGGCUACUUUGAGCAAGUAAGAGACCUGUACUGGGAGAAUUCAACUGCGACGGGGGAGGUGGUUGCGGUCUUCCAACCGAGCCACGAAGGGUAUCAGCAGUCGGAGAAGCAGAAUCACAACCGGAAGGCGUGGGCGGAGAUGUAUUUGCUCAGCCUAACAGACAAACUGGUGACCAGUUCUUGGUCAACUUUUGGUUAUGUGGCUCAAGGGCUUGGAGGGAUGAAGCCAUGGAUACUUUACAAGCCUGAAAACCAGACGGCGCCGGAUCCACCGUGUCAACGAGCCAUGUCGAUGGAGCCGUGCUUCCAUGCUCCGCCCUUCUACGACUGCAAAGCCAGAAGAGGAAUCGAUACGGGCGCUCUUGUGCCUCAUGUUAGGCAUUGUGAGGAUAUGAGCUGGGGUUUGAAGCUGGUUCAACAUAACAGAUGAUUCAUUUAUUGUAAAUUGAUAAUGCAUUUGUGUUUUGGUGAUGAUGGUGUAUAUUUUGUGGAAGGGAGAAGGCUGUUUUUGUCAACUUGAUAGGUUUGUUUCAUUGUUGAGGAACUUGAAAGUUUUGUAAACCUUUUCAUUGGCAAGAGGUCUUUUCUCAGAGGAAAAAAAUGUCCUUGUCUUCUUGAUGAAGAGGAAGGAGACGAGUAGAGUAUGAUAUUAUGUAUUAUUGAGAAGUGGGUGCUGAUUGAUGAAAUUGGCGGGUCCACUUAUAAAUGAAUUUGUAUUGGUA